GCCGCCGUGGAGGUCUGAGACGCAACCGGAAAGGAGCUCCUGGUUCGUGUCUCUGGGAUGCUGAGCGGUGGGCGGAGCCUGAUUCCUCCGUAUUGAUGCUGGAGGACAAACCGCGCGGACGGACGGGUUCGAGCCUUAAACUGUUGUCUCAGAACGGAAUGUGUUCACCGAGCAGGAGAUUUUAGAGUCAGAGACGGCUUCGGUUCGGUCCGGUUCCUAUUCGGUUCGGUGGACGGAGCGCUUUAGUGUUGGAGUGGAGCAUCAUGGCGUGGCCCUGCAUCAGCAGGGCGUGCUGCAUGGCCCGGUUCUGGAACCAGCUGGACAAGGCGGACAUCGCCGUGCCGCUGGUGUUCACCAAGUACACGGACGUGUCUGAGCUGAAGCACGUCCAGCUGCAGCCGCAGCUCCAUCCCACCCAGGCCCGGGUCGCCAUAGAAACGCAGCCAUCUCGCGCGGAGCGCUCUGCAGCUAAAGCGGUGCGCGGGCCGCGCAGAUGCGUGUCUGAGGAGCGCGUAUGCAACUCGGUGAUGCGCGAGGACUUUAAGCACUGGAAAGUGCGGCCCCAACCGAGCUGUAAACCCAAGAACCAGUACCACGAACCGGAAACACCGUUCAAUAGCGAGACUCAGUACCAGAAGGACUUCAAGCCCUGGCCCAUCCCGAAACGGUACGACCAUCCCUGGAUACCUAAACCAUCAGGUGAGGACCAGCGGCCACCUGACAGGUUCAGGCACGCGAAGCAGCACGUGGCUGAUGCGGAAUGCGGCGUGGAAAAGUGCGCGAUAGCAGACAAGGUCCAGGAGAAGGACUUCCAGCAGGGGCAGGAGAGGAAAAAGCGGCCGAAGCAGGAGAAGGUGGAGGGAGAGGGGAGGGGGAGGGUGGUGGAUGCGCUGAACAGACAGAUCAGAGAGGACACCGCUGCUGGCAGCUCCUACACAACUGAGUUCAAGGCUUACAGAGACGUGAAGCCAGUAAAGAUGAUCCGGGCCAAGUCUCAGUACCUGCCACCCGACGGGAAGACCAGCCUGGAGACCAGCUACAGUGCCACCUUCAAGCCUCAAGCGCCGCUGCAGCCUGUGGACAACAGAGCCCAGGACAGGAGGAGGAUACGCAGCCUGUACAGCGAGCCUUACAUCGACCCCGGCAAACAGGUCGACAGGUACAGUGUCCCACGCUCUAAACCCAGGAAGUCUGGAGCCACAGCAGCAGGUCAGGGUAAACCAGCGAGGAAAGCCAGAGAUAAGCAGAGCAGUGCGCUGAAGGGCUCCAGGAAGACCACCUCGGAGAACCAGCCCGAGAGCCGGGGGGACAAAGAGAAAAGUAAAGAGAUCAACAACAAACUGGCUGAGGCAAAAGAGGUUGUGCUAAAACAGUACCACUACAUACAACUCUGCCAGCCAAUCCGAGACAUUGGCUGGGUGCAGACUCUAAAGCAACACCUGUGGGGCUGUGCUCUACCCGAACCCAGAGAUUCUAAAGACGAGGUUCUCCGACCCAGUCAUCAUCAUCCCCAGGGUGCUGCUGGAGGAGGACCACGACUGGACAGAAGCGAGCCUCGAAGGAGCGUCGGAGUCGUUCGCUUCGCCCUAGAUGGAAACCAGACUGACUAGUCCAUCUAAGGUGGACUGAGGCAGAGACUGCUGCUCUGCCCUGUAUAUAUCUAGAGUUUCAGUCGGGUUAGUUAGUACAAGCGGUGAGCCCCGUGAAAAAGCAGGCAUGUUUGAAACAGCCUCAUGGCAUUAUCACAAAGGUGCUACAUCAUCCUCUGGGUACCAUCAUUACAACCCAUAACAAACCAACACGUGCUUCAUGAAUCCAGAAGUAAAACCUGUACAUUCAUCACUUUUAGUCAGAAUAAAAAAGCAUAACUUGCUACAAAAGAUUUGACAUUUUUCUUGUUUGUAGAUUUAUGUAAUAGAGAAUUCUCUUAUUGUCGCUCAGUGAGAAAAUGUUGGUGUCACAGCAAGAGCAAUAAAAAGACAGUCAACCAUUAAAGAGUAAAGACGAUUAAAUAGCAAGAAAAUGUGACGCAGAAAUACUCAAAUAUUAAAUUAUUUCAUUUUUAAGAAAUAAAAAGUGUGGAGCAUUUACAGCAAACGGGAACGUGCAGAUGCAAUAAUGAAUGGGUGCUGGUAGAAUGACGAAAAUGUGCACAAUACCUAAGUAGCAGGGAUGAGAGGGUCCAAAAGGGAUUCUGUUGGGAGCAGUGGUGGUUGUUGAGUCAAACAGCUGCUGGGAGGUAGGACCAUACCGUUCCCUAUAGGCUGCAGCAGUCUGCAGCUGAAGGAGCUCUCCAGCUCCACAGCAGCUUCAUGUAUGGGGGUGGCGGCUUGUCUAACAGUGAUUUUUGUACCAUUAGAGUCCUUCUGUCUCCUACCUCCUGCUGCACUGUUUUGAGGGUGAAACCUAGGACAGAGCUGGCAUUCUUGAUCUUGAUGAGUUUAUCUAUUCUCUGUCUCAUCAGCAGACAAGCCAUACCAGACAGGAUGGCUAAUGCCAGCACUGAGUCAGAGAAGGUGUUAGGAGUGCCCCCUGCAGUCAAAAGGAUCUCAGUCUCCUCAGCAGCUAGAAUCUGCUCUGACCCUUCCUUAAAUGAGCAUGAGUGUUGUGGCUCCAGUCCUGUGAACACCCCGGUACCUAAAAGAAUCGCUUAUCUCAACGUCUGUUCCCCGGAUGUUGACCAGUACCAAAGUAGAGGGCCUGUGUCUGUGGAUAUCUACCACCUGCUCCUUGGUUUCCCCCACAUGGAUCAGAAGGUGGUUGCAUAUAUCCUGUGUUUCCUGUCUACUCUGAGUCGUCCCCACCUGUGAUGAGGCCGAACAUGGCUGUCUUCUGAGAACUUCGGUAGAAGUCAGCUGAUGGAGCAGUCUACAGUGUAGAGCAGUGGUACUUCAUCCCGGUCCCGGAGGGCUGGUAUCCAGCACUUUUAGUUUUAACUCUGCUUCAACACACCUGAUUUCAGUCAGCAGGUAGUUAACAGGCUUCUGCAGAGCCUGAUGAGCUCCUGCAGGUGAUUUAACCACUGAAUCAAGUUUGUUGGAGCAGAGAAAUCAUUAAAACACGCUGGAUACCAACCCUCCAGGACCAAGCUUGAGAACCACUGGUGUGGAGUGUGAACAGUACCGCUCCGUACUGCAGACCAUGUUCUCAGACACAACUCUGUUUUCUAACAAACGCUCUUUGAGCUAGUUGAGUACCCUCUGUGACAUGUGGUGGUCCACUUCUGUCAUCUCCAGCUUGUCCCCCUGGGGUCGCUUGGAUGCUGUUAAAAGCACUGGAGAAAUAAAAAAAACAUGAUCCUCACAGUGAUUCCAAGCCUCUUCAGGAGAGUUAGAGCUUAGUGUAGAAGGUAGAUGGUGGCAUCAUCCACCCCAAUUUCAGGCUAGAAGGUAUACUGCAGUAGAUCCAAUGAGGAUCUCAGCAGUUGGAAAAGAUGGUCGAGGAGUCCAACUUUACACACAGCUGCCCCAGGUGAGGCUGCUGAGCACAGGCGCCACUGCCAGCAGGUAAGGUGUCCUCCCCAAAAGGACGCAACAGCAGCAUUCUCUGCCGGGAUCAAUCCUACAGCCCUUCGAUUGCUGGACAAACUGCUCUACCUCCUGAGCUACUGAUGCCCCUGAGAUAUUAGAUAAGCUCGUUAAGAAGGCCAGCACUAGAUGUUCCUCGAUCCAGUGUCGGAGGUGGGACAAAAUAAUGUUUAUUAUGUGAAGUGCCUUGAGACGACUCUUGUCGUGAUUUGGCGCUAUAUAAAUAAACUUGAAUUGAAUUGAAUUGAAUAACAUCACUGUUAGACAUUGUCUCCCACCCCAUGCUCCUUCAGGGACAGACUGUUGCACCUUAUGUCAUAGGUCCUUCCUCCCAGAACAGUUAAGCCUAGUAGAUACUUCUUCAGAUAGUUUGCACUCACGCACACGUGUUGACAGAUGUUUUCCUGUUCUACUUCUCCAUUGGUGUCUGCCGGGACAGGCGGGGGCACACGCCUUUUCCAGGUGGGUCUGCCUAUCAUUGCAGUGACGUCUCUGGUCAAUGAGUUCAAGUUCUCCAGCUUGUAAACACAAUUUUUAGAUUCUUGUGUUGAUAUUGGGAUUUGAAAAGCCAGAAACUUUGUAAACGCCAGGCCACUUGAGGUGCAAUGGCCAACAGAGAGGACAUUUCAUUGAGCUGGAACUGCUUGAUCUCAAGAAAAGAAAACGUUCAGCUGUGUUAGUCCAUCCACUAACAACACUGCAAUGGGCCGACCAAUCACAGCCAUGCACUCUUUGUUGCAUUCGACAGAUAGUAUUAGACUCUACACCCACCACAGCUCCCAACAAACAGUAAAUAAUCUCUUUUGUGUUUAUUUGUCUCAGCUUUUUCUCAUUUGCAGUUCUAUUUCGUAUAGGCUCCGCCCUUUUAGGCUGCCAUUGGAGGGGCCAUUCUUGGGUCAGCCACACGUUAAAGUGCUUACAAAAUACACCUGCCUACCAUGGGUCCUGUUCCAGUAUAAAAGGGGGUGUUAGCCCCACCCUUGUCCACCAUUUUUCUCAUCACUACCAUCUCGCUAAGAGCUCUAUGUGAAGUUUUGUCGUGUUAGCUUCCGAAGACGUCUUCUAAUUGGGAACUGAUUACUUUACGAAUCUUCUCUUCAACUCUACCUCAGCUUUGGGUCCUCUUAGUUGCAGUGAUCUGUAUGGUAUGUUCCCGGGAUCCGGCCCCCUCUGUGCCUCCCGUGUGUCGAGCCCCAGUGGGGUCUGCUAAAGUGGUGUCCUUCAGUACUGGCCCAUCACUGACCUCUGUGGGUUGAAGCUCUGGACUCGGUUGACUCAACCGUUGCCCAUGAAGUUCCCCCAAGACCUUGUUACCUCUUGUAGCGACACCCAUGUGGCUAGUCAUUAUGGUGUUUCACUGGUCAACCGCAGCUCUAGUGUCUGUGUCGUCUCGGUGCUCCAUGAGACACCUCAUCCUGGUCUCCACCCACUGGGGGGGGGGGGGGGGGGGGGGAACUGCUGGACACUUCUGUCUGUUGACCUCUGACCUUAAUGUGGACAGAUAACUCUGCUGGACUUUCCCAACGCUACAAAGUGACUCAAAAAAGAGUGAGUGUGUAACAAAUGAGCUCUUCCCAGCUGGGAGAGCUGACAGUCUUCACAGGACCAGGCGUCCCUGCCGAUCAUCAAAACGUCACAGAGCUGCACCCCAGACUCUAGGGCCUCACUAAGUUCACAAAGCAGCAAUCAAUGACUGGAGUUCACGGGAGUAAACCUCUUCUCUGUUAAAACAAGAUGGCGGGUGUGUGUCCUUGGGUAAACCACCCCUCCCCCACCCCACCACCACCCGCUGCAACCAGAACCUCUGGUUGUUCCAGAGCUCAUGUUCCUGGUCCAGACCAUAAAACACACAGUUGGUUCUGAUCCUGCUCACAGCAUCCUCCCUGAGCCAGACGUGUGAGAUGCAGAUUAAUGGAAACAGGAUGGAGAAAUUAUUCAAGCUGAGCUGCACUGCUUCUUCUCGGAUUACAGACCAGAUAAUAGACACACAGGAGGAGUCCACUACGCCAGAGUUCCCAAUCCCAGAACAUGGAAUCACAAAUCACUCUCCAGUCACUUUGUGUGCAUUCAACAGCAUCACAAACAAUAAAACACCAGUUUUGAUAAAGCCACUGCUGUUCAGAGAUCAGCUUCAGCAUCAAACACACAGGAAGAAAAAGUCUAAUGACGAUUAUAAAUAUUAGGCAGUUUCAUGUUUUCAGCAGCACCAACUCCCAGAUGUUCUAGUGGACUGCCACUCCUGUCUCCCACCAUCCUUGUUACUAUGGAGAUGGGUUGCCAGGUUUCAGACUGGGAGAAUGAAGGGGUUAAUUAGGAGGUGGAGUGUUUGCAUCCUUCCAGAUGGGAGUAACCCCUCCCCCUCUAUGCUUCUAUGACCUCAUAUCGACAGCAAGGUAAAGCUGGAGCACGCACACACACAUGCACAGACACACACACACACAUAAACACACACAUGCACACAUGUUCACACACACACACAUGCACACACACACACACACACACACACACACACACACACACACACACACACACACACACACACACACUUGUAUUUAUAUGCUUGUAUGAACCUCCAUUGACUUCCAUUCAUUUUAGUGAGUCCACUAUGCCUAACCCUAACCUAGACUAAAAGUUCAUUCACACCAAACGUCUAAAAAAGCUUAGUAUCGUUUGGACAAGCAAAAUGUCCCCACAGUGUAACGGUCACAGUCUGUGCAGUUUUCCUUCAUUCACCAUGUUUCUGAGUCUGCUACUCUGCAGGUGGACGUGUCAGCAGAGCGGCAUCAGCUGCCACCUGUAGCCGAUCACCAAUUAUUCACUAUGGGGUAUUCAAGGAGCUGGCUGACAACACAACGCUGGUCAAACAAAAGCACAGAAUCCAGAGGCCUUAAAAAAACACUUUCAGAUACGGGUUUGGAAGUUUUGUUUACUUUGGAGGAAAUAGUAGGAGCUUUUUAGAAAACAAAGCCCACAGUUCCUGGAAAGGAUCGGAUUUGUUAUUUAAUGUUGAAAAAUCUUGGUAUGAAAGCGCUUAACCCUCCUACUGUCCUCAUGGGUGACCCCACCAGGAAAGUUGACCAUUGAGCAGGGUUGAUGGUUUAUCCCUUGAGGUCCACAUAGCAGGGGUGAGGUGGUGCUCACUCCUCACCCAUGAGGAUGGUGGAAGGGUUAAUACAUUGCUGUUUUUGAUUAAUAUUGUUUGGAUUAAGGGACAGCUCCCAAGCAUAUGGAAAGAGUCUGUAAUUGUUCCAUAAGAAAACCAGGCAAGGAUCCAUCUCAUCCAGGUAGUUAUAGGCCAAUUACUCUAACGUCGGCUGUGUGUAAACUAAUGGAUGUAUGAUAAAGGAAAGAUUGUCCUGUGAACUGGAAAGGUGAGGAGUUUUAGCGAACCAUCAAGGUCGUUUCAGAAAAGCUCGAAAUACAACUGAUGUUGUUGUUAGGCUUGAAGAUGUCUUUAGAAGAGCACAGAUGAAUAAAGAGUCAGUUUUAGCCGUGUUUUUGAUAUAGAAAAGGCGUAUGGUAUGUUGUGGAGGGAUGGGCUUUUAUUAAGUUGCACAGAUUGGGUAUUGGUGGAAGGAUCUUCAACUGGAUUCAAGAUUUCUUAUCUGGUAGAAAGAUACAGGUGCGUAUUGGGACUGCGACUUCUUGUCAGUAUGUGGUUGAAAAUGGUACACCUCAGGGAAGUGUGGUUAGCCCUCUACUGUUUGUCAUUAUAAUCAAUGACUUUUUUCUAAAGUUCCUGAGGGAAUUGGAAGGUGUUUGUUCACGGAUGAUGGCGCAUUAUGGAAAAACAGAAGAAAGAUGCUUUAAACAUUGUGGUUGAGUGGGGGGAUAGAAUUCCGGUUUUCCGUGGAAAAAACAAAAAUGAUGUUUUUCACUAAAAAGGCUGUGAGUGACACUUUGAAAAUGCGUAUGUAUGAAAAGGAAAUAGAAAAAGUGAGUUAUUUUAAAGUAUUUAGGUGUUGUACUUGAUGCAUGCCUGGCAUGGAGGCAGCAUAUCGAAAGAAUAGAAACAAAGUGCAAGAAAGUUCUGAACGUUAUGAGACGUUGGGAGGGAAUGGGAAGUGAGCUGUUCUGCUUUGAAGAGACUUUACCAGGCAGUGAUUAGAUCUGUCUGUGAUUAUGGGUGUGUAGCGUGCUGGAUGGGUCAGCAGUCUGGAUGUUCUGCAGUCACAGGCUCUUUAUGUGUGCUGUGGAGCAUUUAAGACCUCCCUAGUCAAUGCACUACAGGUGGAGAAUUGCUUCUGGAUCUUAGAAGGAAACAAAUAUUGUUGAAUUACUGGGUGCAUCUUAAUAGCCACAAUGACACACAUCCCACAGAGGAGGUACUUUCAGAAUGCUGGGAACAUGGAAAAAGUCAAAGGGAUCACUUUGGUAACGUGGGGAAUCAAUUGUCACGUUGUGCGGAUGGUUAGGACCCAAAAUGCAGAUCACCAGAUGACAAGAGGCAGGAGUUGGUAUAAAGUAAAAAUACUUUUAUUUUGCAGGAGAAACAAAAAUAAAUCCAAAAGGCAGCGAGCCCAAAAAUCCAAAAACCCAAAAACCUGGUGACUAGAACAAAAACUCACCUAGAGCACAAGAACUCGAGAACGAGACACCAAAGCUCACACAGAGCACCAAAAACUACGCUGACAAACAAACAAUGUACCGACACAACACAGAGACAAGACAGGGCUUAAAAAGACUGGGAGGAACAAUUAGGGAAACAGGAAGCAGGUGUGUGGAGUGAGGUUGGAGGGAAGGCAGGUGACAACAAUUAUCUGAAUGGGGAAGAGAACCAGUGGAGGGGUAGAUAAACCUAAAACCAAAACACACAAAACUAAACCUAAAGCCUAAGGGAAGGAUUCACACACAUAUAUACUGAGCUGGGGACAAAGAGACUGGAGCUACAACUGGAGGGGCUGGGGAUGACCUGAAGGGCUACAAACAGAAGACACAUAAAUGAGAUGCAGACUAAGGACACAUGAGGGCGCUAUAAGACACAAAAAGGGAAUCUAAAGAGGGAUGGAGAACAUCAGGAGACACAUGGAGAAAGACGCAGACACAGACCAUGACAUCAAUGGGCUAAGGAAUGUCAGGUGUGUGGCAUUAAAGUUUGUCCUGUUGUGUAUCCAUGGUUAUUGGGGACCCCUUCUGUUGACUGGUACCUGUUAGAUUUGAAGAGGCUAUUGAAAGGUAGAGUGGAUCUUGUUUCAGCAGUUCAUUUUCACAGCCUGAAUAAAUACACUGAGUGUGUGCACGUGUUCACGGAUGGUUCAAAUAAUCCAGACACUGAAAAUACUGGGUUUGGAAUAGCAGUCCCGUCUAAGAACAUCGGAAUAAACAGACAUACUUCAGAUGGACUGGCAGUGUACACAGUUGAGAUGGUGGCUAGUUUGGUUGCAUUAAGAUGGAUGGAGCAUUCAAAGAUCAAGCAAGUGGUGGUGUGAUCUGACUCAGCAUCUGUUCUUUCAAGUUUACAGUCUUUUUGUUCAAAAACAAGGCAGGGUAUGUUUGAACUUCUGUUGACUUUGAACAGAAUAAGGGGUAGCGGUAGUUAUUUACACUAUCUUUGGGUGCCAGCUAAUGUAGGGAUCAGUGGAAAUGAAAAAUUGGAUGAAUUGGCUAAAGAAGUUUUGAGUGAAGAUAGUGUUGAAAGGGAAAUUAUUAAUAGUACAUCUGAAACGAAACAUGUUGUCUGGAGGCAGGUUGUCAAUGAGUGGCAGGAAAGGUGGGAUUCUAUGAGCAAGUGGAGGCCUUUCUAUAAUGUAAAGAAGGAGGUGUUAGGGCAUGGGGUGAAUAGGGGUAAUAGGAGAGAAGAGGUGGUUGUUACCAGACUCAGAUUGGGUCAUUGCUCAUUCAACAAACUCUAAAGAUGAUUGGUAAACAUGAGACUGGGUUGUGUGGAGUGUGUCGAGAGGAGAGAUGGUAGAGCAUGUAAUUCUGCGGUGUAAGGGUUAUAAGGAAAUGGAAUUUCAGCAGCGUAGGAUGAAGGAGAGCGGUAGUGAGAAGUUCACUCUGACGAGCGUGUUGGAGAGUAGUAGGGUGCAGGCGAGGGAACUGGUAGAGUUACUAAAGGGUGUAGGGGUUUUCAUAGAAUGUAGAUAGGAAUAGUUAUUUCAGAAGUUGAUAAUGUAACGGAAUGAAAUGACUGUUUUCCACCUAAACGUCAUCCCCCCUUCCCCCCCCCCUCCUCAGCAAGAACUAAUCUGCAGGAGAUAUUGUUCAAGGUUUCAUGCUCUGCUUCUAAACUGUUUUCCUUUCCAGCGCAAGAGAAGAAUGAAGACAAAGGACUCUUUCUUUUUAAUAAAUCAAAGAACUUUUUAAUAAGCUAAUCAAACAAAGUGUUAGUCAAUAAUAAAAUGUGAACCAAUUUGUGAAAUGAAAGUAUUAUUUACUUGAUAUUAUAAUCCUACAGAAUAUAAUAAGUUAUAUAACUUUAAAUAUUCCCACUAGAGACUGAUCACACGUAAGGUUAAGCCACAUGACACAUUGCUUUUACUGAUCCAAUCAGAAUCUUCCAGAUCUGACGGAGGUGCGGUUUUGGUGGUGCUUGGUAAAUCUGUCAUCUUUUGAUUUGACCGUAAAUCAAAACAUACAAAUGAUAAAACUAUGCCCGCAUCAUCUUAAACUCCAGUUCAAAGCGUUCUAGAGAAGUUGUCGGAGUGGCCAAUCCAUAACUUUCCUCUUCAGUCGAAAGAACCAAAGACAAGCUGGAUAAAUCUGUUGCUGUUCCAACCAAGCAAUGGUUCCUUUCAGAAUUAAAGCUGAACCAUCACGACCCCGUUUUGGGUCUUGCUAGAUGCCAACAAAACUGUCGUGACCCGGAAGUAUCUCAAGACUGGUCUGGUCGGCAACCGCUGCUUUUCCUACCGGCUUCGGUUCCAGAGAGGGUCAAGCUAGACCUCGACAUUCCUGAUCUAGAUGGGGACUUCCAAAAGGGUACGUAGGCCGGCAGAAUGGCGUCUUAUGUGUUUAUGAAUCUCCAAAUCAAAGCUUAGCGCAAAGACAUCACCUUCACUCCCAUCAGAACUAAUCGUUUCUCUGGAUUUGCUGGUUCUGAACAACAUUCCACCAUUCUCCGUCUCACUUCACCUUAGUUACACCAUACAUUUAGUGUUUAAAGUUAGUCUAGUUUUAAUUUGUUUAGUAAUAAAUCUUUAAACUUUUAA